GUACUAAUCGAUCUAUGUACUAGACUCUCAAAAUUAUAAUAUAUAAACACAAGUCUACGAUCGACCUGAACACUACAAGCACUCUCUAUAUUCACAUUUCAGAACAAUGACUAAUCAAGCAGCGUGGCUCGAUGGCGUCGGUCAUACCUUCCGUGUCGGCCCUAUUGACAUGCCUACUAUUGAUACAAACGAGGUGGUCAUCAAGAACCACUCCAUUGCAAUCAACCCUAUCGACUGGAAGGUGCGCGAUCUCGGCUGGCUCAUCCAAACUUGGCCGAUGGUCUUGGGCUGCGACGCUGCUGGCGUAGUCACUGACGUCGGCAGCGAUGUGCAUCAUGUCAAGAAAGGUGAUCGUGUCAUCGGGCAUACCGUCAGCCUAAUGUCCCAAAAACCAAAGAACGGCGCCUUCCAGCGGUACGUGGCUGUGGAGGCUGCAAAAGUCGCCAAGAUCCCCGAAUCACUCUCGUUCAAUGAUGCCUGCGUUGUACCCUUAGCCCUGGAUACCGCCGCGACAGGUCUCUUCAGCGACCGUGACCAGGGUUACUUGGGGCUUGAAUGGCCGACUCUGCCCGCUAAGACCAGCGACAAAAAGCUUAUCAUCUAUGGCGGUAGCUCCUCAGUUGGCGCACUAGGUAUUCAAUUAGCAGCGGCCACCGGAGCCUAUGUCAUUGCCGUUGCUUCUCCGAAGAAUUUUGACUUCUGCCGUUCGUGUGGGGCUCACGAAGUUUUCGACUACAAUGAUCCUGCAGUGGUAGACCAUGUCAUCCAGGCUGUGAAAGCCGCUACACCAGCCGACUUUGUUGGUAUCCUAGAUACUAUUUCUCAAGAUGAGAGCUUCAAGAUCGUUGUGCCUAUACUCAAAAAGCUUAGGUCAGGAAACCUCGCCACUGUUCUUCCCGGACCAAGUGACAUACCCGCGACCUCAAAGACGAACUACAUUGAGGGGAUCAAUAACACUGUGGAUCCCCUUUGGGCGAAUUUCAUUACCCCAGCGCUUGAGCAAGGCAAGCUCAAGUGCUUGCCAAAGCCAUAUGUUAUUGGGAGAGGCCUAGAAAGUGUGGAGGAAGGUUGUCUCGCGAACAAGAAAGGUGUUAGUGCCAAAAAGCUUGUCAUUGAACUUGAGUAGAAUAGAAAAAUUUAGGUUUUCGUCAAGUUUGCAUAAUCACAUCUACUUCGUACAGGUCAGGGUUGAUGCAAAGUUGAACUGUACGAAUUUGUGGAAUCUUGUAAUAAGAAGAAACCUCUAGUCAAAAGAACAACAGAUUUUCAAUACUUCCAUGCCCAUUAAGCUCAGGUGAUUUGAAGAAGCAGCAUGCUAUCUAUCCUGUUCACUUCAAAGAUUCGAGAAACACAUAGCAGAAUAAAUAAUCUAAGCUGAUCAUGA